AAUAUCAUUGAAGUAAGCUCAGGACCUGAAAGUUCUUUAUCGUUACCGUAUAAUUUUACGGCCGUAUGAAAAACAUACGGCCCAGGUAAAUGGUAGCUUGCCCUUUUCCAUCUCGUUACUGAUUGUGCUCUGCAAAAUGAAGCACAACAACAUCUUACCUAACGGGCAUUUCCACAAAGACUGGCAGAACUAUGUGAGAACUUGGUUUAAUCAACCAGGACGUAAGAAGAGAAGAAGAGUAGCUCGUCAAAAGAAGGCUCUUGCAAUUGCCCCAAGGCCUGUCGCUGGUUCGCUGAAACCAGUUGUCCGUUGCCCAACUUUCAAAUAUAACACAAAAUUAAGAAGUGGUAGAGGUUUUUCUUUUGAAGAACUAAAGACAGCUGGAAUAUCAGUAAAGACUGCUAGAACAAUUGGUAUUAGUGUUGAUCACAGAAGAAAAAACAGAUCUACUGAAUCUUUGCAAUCCAAUGUGCAACGCUUAAAAGAAUAUAAGAGCAAGUUAAUUAUAUUCCCACGCAAACAAAGCAAACCAAAACAAGGUGAUAGUGAGCCAUCUGAACUUGCUGUUGCUGCCCAACUUCAAGGACCUGUUUUGCCUGUGAUUCAAAGAAAGCCAGAAACAAAAGCACGUGCUAUCACUGACGAAGAACGUAAAAUCAGCGUUUUUCGCACAAUGCGUGUUGCUCGUGCCAAUGCUCGUUUGGUUGGUAUUCGCGCGAAACGCGCUCGAGAGGCGGAAGCUGAUGCUACUAUGAAGGCUUCUAAAAAGUAAAUAAAUAUCGCUAAUCAGCAAAAA